AUGGGAAACGCCAGCUUCCUCCUCCCUCUUAUGGUUGUGGUGCUGUUGCAUAACUUUGUGGCUACUUUGUCCUUGGAAUCACUCAACAUCACCACUGACCAAUUGGCACUGCUUGCACUAAAAGCCCAUGUUAGUCAUGACCCUCAAAACCUUUUGGCAACCAACUGGUCUACUACUGCCUCUGUUUGCAAUUGGAUUCGUAUUACUUGCGGAUCUAGGCACCAUCGAGUCACUGCUCUCAAUCUUUCUGGCAUGAAUCUCACAGGUAUAAUCCCGCCUCACUUGGGGAAUCUGUCUUUUCUUGCUUGGUUCAACAUUCAGUAUAACAGUUUUCAUGGCGUUUUACCUACCGAGUUGACUAAUUUACGUCGAUUGAAAUACGUUAACUUUGCUAAUAACAGCUUCAAUGGAGAGAUUCCCUCAUGGUUUGAUUCGUUUACUCAACUUCAGAGCUUGUUUCUACACACUAACAACUUCUCCGGUGCCAUUCCGUCCUCUUUGGGCUCUUUGUCAAAGCUAGAGGAGUUGGUCCUGUAUAAAAAUGAUCUGGAAGGACAAAUUCCUAUAGCAAUUGGAAAUCUCUCUAACUUGAAAUCAUUAUAUUUGAAUGAUAAUCAGUUAUCAGGUCAUCUUCCAUUUGCUAUAUUUGAUCACCUUCCUAAGUUACGACAUCUAGAUUUGGGUUUCAACUAUCUUUCUGGUAGACUUCCAACCAGUUUAUUCAAGUGCCAAAAUUUAGAAACUUUAAUUCUCAAAGCCAAUUCCUUUAAGGGAAGUGUUCCUCUACAAAUCGGGAAUUUGACUAGACUAAAGUGGUUGUAUUUCAAUGGGAACAACUUAACAGGGGAGUCUGUCGAUGGAAAUCGGGAAUUUGACUUCGCUUAA